AGCGAAGCACUGUUGCGUAUUUCUGGACUGUUGCUUAUUUCUCUUGCAGAGGAAGACCCAUAUACACAACCAAAAAGGCACUAACAUGGGAGAAGAUUUAAGGGAUUAGAAGGAUGGUGAAGGCAUGGUCGUCCAAAAUCCCCCUCUGGGGAGAGAUGAUUGAAAUCUGGCUGUCAUUACAAGAAGCUUCUGUUUGACAAAAACUGCCUGUUAUUUCCUUGCUGAUUUCUUACCCUCACACCGCAGGGAAUCAGUCACCAGUAGCCUGAUUCAGGUAAUUUGCAUUUGCAGAGUGGACCACACCUGAUCGCUGUGGGCCUCCCUGCUAAUGCAAAUUAUCUGAAUCAGGCUGCUGGUGACUCACCCACUCCCCUUUAAAGCAACAUCAGGUUCAAGGCAGUGACUGCUCAGCGUAGAAGCCAUGGCUCGCAGACACUGCUUCUCCUACUGGUUACUGGUCUGCUGGUUGGUGGUAACUGUGGCAGAAGGACAAGAAGAGGUAUUUACCCCUCCUGGAGACUCAGAAAAUAAUGCAGACCAUACCGACUGCCAGGUCUUUACACUCACCCCUCCACCCAUCACGAGGAGUCCAGUAACAAGGGCGCAGCCCAUCACAAAGACACCCAGGUGUCCCUUCCUUUUUUUUCCACGAAGGUUUCCACAAAGGCCCAGAGUCCAUAUUCGGUUUCCAAACAGACCUUUCCUCUCUUCAAGGUGUAACUACCGUUUUCCGUUCCAGCCAUUUUAUUGGCCACACCGUCGCCUUUCUCCCGGUAGAUAUUUCCUCAGAAGAAGACUCCAGAGAGGAAGCUCAUCUGAGGAAAUCUGAGAGAAGAGAAACCUAAACAUACUGAAGCAAAAAAAAAAAAAAAAAAAAAAAAUAAAUGCCAAUCCUUCGGAAAAAGCAACAGAAGAUUUCUGUUUUAUCUUUCCAAACUAAAACUAUCGGAUUUGAAGAUGAAGUCUCCUAAACGCCACUGCCUAGAAACUGUUCUCUUUGUCAGCAGUGAAGAUAUUGGACCACAGGUUAUUGAUGUUUGCAAAAUUGGACAAUAUAUUUUUAUCCUCAACUUCUUAUGGUCAAGAAUAUUUAUGCAAAUAAAAACUUAAAAUGGGUAGCUCCAGUAAUUCCUAUCCAUACUGAGAUGCUGAAAGAAUGCAUCUCCUCCUCUAAACAGCAUUUAAAUAAAUUGAGAUCAUUAUAAAACA